AUGGUUUUCUCCGCAAUGUUGACGGUGGCCCACUCUGGGACCUCAAAUGCUACUUUUAUUGUUUAUGAAAAUGCCUAUACGAAUUUUACCACUCCCCAGUUCUUGCUUCGUAGUGGCACAGCACAGCCAUUGAGAUACAGUUCAGGUGCCGUGCUCACCACUGAGAGAAGUACUUUUCUGAUAAACGCUACAGCUAUCCUGCCAUCGCAAGAAGUUUUCAGGAGCUUGAGUUUACCACUCCAGAUCAUUCUUUCUGCUGCUAUGAUAUUUAUCCUGUUGGUUUCUUUCCUUGGAAACUUUGUUGUCUGCCUCAUGGUCUACCAGAAGGCAGCUAUGCGAUCUGCAAUUAACAUCCUCUUAGCAAGCCUGGCUUUUGCAGACAUGUUGCUGGCAGUGCUGAACAUGCCUUUUGCUCUGAUAACAAUCAUUACCACUCAGUGGAUUUUUGGGGAUAUAUUCUGCAGAGUCUCUGCCAUGUUCUUCUGGCUUUUUGUCAUAGAGGGGGUAGCCAUUCUUCUUAUUAUUAGUAUUGACCGAUUUCUUAUCAUAGUUCAGAGGCAAGAUAGACUGAACCCGUACCGUGCAAAGAUUCUCAUUGUCAUUUCCUGGGCAGCAUCCUUUGUUGUUGCUUUUCCAUUAUCAGUAGGGAAUCCUAAUCUGCAGAUACCCUCGAGAGCACCUCAGUGUGUUUUUGGCUACUCUACAAGCCCAGGUUACCGAGCCUACGUGAUAGUUAUCUUGCUAAUUUCUUUUUUUAUUCCAUUCCUGGUAAUGCUGUAUUCUUUUAUGGGCAUACUCAACACCGUUCGCCACAAUGCAGUUCGUAUCCAUAGCCACCCUGAUAGCAUAUGUCUCAGCCAGGCCAGCAAACUUGGUCUCAUGAGCUUACAGAGACCUUUUCAGAUGAAUAUUGAUAUGAGCUUUAAAACUCGUGCCUUCACAACCAUCUUGAUUUUGUUCCUUGUCUUCAUAGUCUGUUGGGCACCCUUCACCACUUACAGCCUUAUUGCCACAUUCAACAGCCACUUCUACUACAAGCACAACUUUUUUGAGAUAAGCACUUGGCUCCUUUGGCUCUGCUACCUCAAGUCUGCACUGAACCCACUGAUUUACUACUGGAGGAUUAAGAAGUUUCAUGAUGCGUGCUUGGACUUGAUGCCCAAAUACUUCAAAUUUUUGCCACAGCUACCUGGCCAUACAAGGCGACGCAUUCGACCCAGUGCCAUCUAUGUAUGUGGGGAACAUCGGUCGGUAGUGUGA